UACGUGUUUUUUUUCGCCAGAAAAUUGUGAAAAAAGUGUGAAAUUUAAUCAGAUAUCGCUCACAAGACAAAUUUUUGUCAAUAGAUGACAAUAAAUCUGGUUUUCGCAAGGAUGAUUGAACUGCACAAUCAUUUGGGCUUAGUAAACCCACGGACCUGAGCUUACGCACCGUGGUCAUACAUAAAUUACACAUUCACACAUAAAUAAUUAAAAACUUUAAAACAGUUUAAAAUUGCGAGUAACGUAAGAAUUUUAAAAGAAUUUUACAGGAAAGAAUUAUUCGAUUGGCAGAUGGGCUCGAUUCUAACGCCAUCUUUUUUCAUUAAGUCAAUAGAUCUUGUGUCAGUACCUAUAUAAAUCUCCAAAUAAUUUAUAAUAGUAUAGAAUAAUUGUUGUUUCGUCCAAAAUCCAGCACAGACGCAUGUUAAAUAUUUAAUAGAGAUUAAUAUCUUUAAUAGAGAUUAUUAUCUCAUAUCUAGAAAUGUGAAGUUUUACAUCCGUAAUACAUGAAUGAUUUUAAAGGUUAUGUUCAUAUUAACAAAAACUUUGAUUCUGUUAUUAAAAACUUUAUUGUAAUAAAAAAGUAUUUGCUUGUGAAGAACUUAUGAUAGCUGUAUAAGUGUGAGUACAUUAAUGAUCCAAAAACAUUGAGAGAAAAACACAAAAUGGAAGUGGAUCAAAAUAUUGCACAAACUUUAUUGAUGCAAGGUGCUACGCUAGUUUUAUUGGAUGUACCGGUGGGUACUGACAUCGGCAUUGAUAUAAAGUCUUGGAAUACAGGAACGAAUUUUAAGGGCAUUAAAAUGAUUCCACCUGGGAUACAUUUUGUGCAUUAUAGUGCAGUGAAUGAAUUUGGCGAAAUGAUGCCUAGAGUUGGUUUCUUCCAUGACUUCAAGAAAUGUGAAUUCUUAGUAAAAAGAUGGGAUAGUAAGGAAGAAGAUAUCAGCUCUGAACCUGUAUCUGAGGAAACAAUUCAGAGACUGAAGGAUAACUUGAAAGAGUUGGACAGAUAUUUAGGACCAUAUCCAUAUGAGAUGUUAAAACAGUGGACCACAUUAACGAAUGGAAUUACUGUAUCUGUUGCAGCGAGGUGCUCACCACUGUGUGGUUACGUGCGAUCCGCUUUGGAAUUGGAGCACUGCAGUGAUGCCUCUAGACCACGUGGCGGAGCAUCCUGCAGUAAGCAAAAACGAUUUCGUAGACUUACUGAGGCUAAGGAGGAUCAAUUAUUGCCAAACCUGAAACCGAAGCCUGGCACAGAACUUAGGCUCACGGAAAUACCGAACAAGCAUUAUCCCGAUAAUGCAACUCCGAGCGAGAUAACGCGGCAUUCUCUCGAUUCCAGUUACGCCUUGGACACUAUUCUUAAAAAAUUGCGAGAGCCUAUCGAAAUUAUUGGAGAAAUGCAGUUGACAUUUAUUUGUUUUCUGGCGGGUGAAAGCUUGGACGCUUUUGAGCAGUGGAAGAAGCUUGUGUCGUUGAUCUGUGGUGUAGAUAGUGCAAUUCCGCAGUAUCGGUCUGUUUACAUAGAGUUUUUACAGACCCUAGAAGUACAGCUGUCAUAUGUGCCGGAAGAAGUGCUAUGCGACAUUGUGGCAAGCAAUAAUUUCGUGUAUCACAAUCUAUGCAAACUGUUUGGUAAUAUCGAGUCGAACUCGGAAGUGGACGGCCGAUUGAAAUCUUACGCGAAGCGUUUGCAGGAUCGAUUAACUGCGAAAUUUCUGUGGGAUUUUUCGGAUUUGCUCGAGGAGGCGGACGAUGAAGUGCCUGUAGUAGUGACUCUGACAUAAACGUGAAUAAAUAAGUAGCAAGGUAUGAAUGCAUUACUGUUUCUAUAAAUAAGUAUAUUUAUAUAUAAUGUAUACAAAAUGGAUUAUUCAAGCUCUGACAUUUC